CGGUGCUGUCCAAACCGCUCACAAAAACCUUAGCGCCUAAACGCUCACAACUCGCUACACUUUCAUAGAGUCACAACUUCAGCCAUGGAAGCUCUGCAAGGAUCCCUCCCUCAACUCCCUCAUACCAAAUUCGAACCAGACACUGAUAAAAUCAAACGCAGGCUCAACAAUGGAGGCGUCUACCCAACUCCCAAGAUAGUCCACACCAUCCGCAAGAAAGAAAUUCAAAAGCAUAACCGCAAGCUCAAUCUCCUCGCAAAGGCCGACCCGUCCUCUCCACCUCUCUCUCAGUCCCAAAAACAAGCCUUGGCGGACGAAACCCAUUUCCAUACUCUCAAGCGCGAGUACAGGGACUUCACCAAAGCGGUCAAAGCGAAGACUGGUGACGGUGAAUCCAUGGUUGGGCGGCCAUGGGAGGGGAUUGAGAGAAUUGGGUUCCGAGAGCUUGCGAGUACGAGUGCAGAGUAUGGUGGAGAGAAGCUGAAGAAGGAGGAGCUGAAAGCAUUGAGGGAAAUGUUCGAGGCUCGGAAGCUUGAGGACUUGAAAUGGGUCUUGGAUGAUGAUAUUGAGCUGAAAGAAGACUGGUUGGAUGGUGAAAAUAGGGUCUGGGACCCUGCUAAGCGGAGGAGACGCGGCGAGGGCGAGGUGAUUCAGUUUCUGGUUGACAGACUUAGUGCUACAGAGUUUUCCAUGAAGGACUGGAAGCUUUCAAAAAUGAUGAAACAAUCAGGGUUGCAGUUCACUGAGGGUCAGAUGCUUAAGAUUCUUGGAGGGCUCGGUGCUAAUGGAUGUUGGAAACAUGCGAUGGCUGUUGUGGAAUGGGCAUACAAUGAUAAGGGCAAUAAACAUUGCAAAAGCAGGUUUGUUUACACAAAACUUUUGGCAAUUCUUGGGAAGGCACGAAGGCCCCAGGAAGCUCUUCACAUUUUCAAUCUGAUGCUUGGAGAUUUCCACAUAUAUCCUGAUGCUGCUGCCUACCAUAGCAUUACGGUUACACUUGGUCAAACUGGUCUUCUGAAGGAAUUGUUGAAAAUUAUUGAAAGCAUGAGACAGAAACCUUUCAGAAGCAAUAAAAAUAUGUUCCCCAAGAACUGGGACCCUGUCGUUGAACCCGAUGUCAUUGUGUAUAAUGCUCUACUGAAUGCUUGUGCUCAGUCCCAUCAGUGGAAGGGUGUAUCCUGGGUGUUUAACCAGUUGAGAAAGAGUGGUCUGAAACCUAAUGGAGCAACCUAUGGACUUGCUAUGGAGGUAAUGCUGCAAUCUGGAAAGUAUGACCUUGUGCACGAGCUCUUCAGGAAAAUGAAAAACAGCGGUGAAGCUCCAAAAGCUCUUAACUACAAAGUUCUUGUCAGAGCUUUUUGGUGUGAAGGAAAAGUCAACGAAGCUGUGGAAGCAAUUAGAGAUAUGGAACAAAGGGGAGUGGUUGGAACAGGCAGUGUAUAUUAUGAGUUAGCUUGCUGCCUUUGCAACAAUGGUAGGUGGCAGGAUGCUCUGGUAGAGGUUGAGAAGAUGAAAAAUGUAUCUAACACUAAACCUUUGGAGGUCACUUUCACAGGCAUGAUAACGUCUUCCAUGGAGGGUGGGCAUAUUGAUAGUUGCAUAUCUAUAUUUAAACACAUGAAAAACCAUUGUGCCCCCAACAUAGGGACCAUAAAUACAAUGCUGAAAGUCUUUGGACGUAGUGAUAUGUUUUUCAAAGCUAAAGAAUUGUUUGAAGAAAUCAAGACUGUUAGAGCUGAGUCUGCUUCUUCACUAGAAGGUGGUGGUACUUUGGUUGCCCCUGAUCAGUACACAUAUACCUCAAUGCUCAAGGCAUCUGCCAGCGCUCUGCAAUGGGAAUACUUUGAAUAUGUGUACAAGGAGAUGGCUCUAUCUGGAUAUCAAGUAGAUCAAACUAAACAUGCAUCGCUACUUGUGAAAGCAUCCAGAGGUGGGAAGUUUUAUCUACUAGAGCAUGCAUUUGACAUGAGUUUGGAAGCUGGAGAAAUUCCCCAUACAUUGAUCUUUCUUGAAAUGGUAUUUCAAGCUACAGCUCAACAUGAUUAUAAGAGAGCUGUAACCCUGGUCAAUGCCAUGGCUCAUGCUCCAUUUCAAGUCAGCGAAAGACAGUGGACAGACCUUUUCGAGAAAAAUGGAGACAGAAUCACUCAGGAUGGCUUAGAGAAACUGUUGGAUGCUUUACACAAUAGUGAUGUAGGAUCGGAAGCAACCGUCUUAAAUUUAUCAAGAUCAUUGCUUCGUCUUUGUCAGUCUUACAGAUCAAGAGGCUUCUCAAGUUCCGCCCCUUUCAGCAGUGGAGCCACAGAAACAUCAUCCUUGCAUGGUGAUAAUGAGGAAAUUUAUGGUAAUGGAAUUAUGCCAAAUCAUUCUUUAGAAUCGAUUGAUGGUAGCCAUAACCCUAGGAGGGAGCCUCUUGAUAAGAGUACCAAUGUUCCUUUGGAUGCAUUUUCUGUUAAUCACGCUAACACCAGAAGAGAUGUUGAUGCUGUUACAAGGACAGUGUCUAGGUCAUCAGAUUAUAUUUCUGAUGAAGAUGGUGAAUACUCAACAGAAAUCGAUGAGGAAAUUGAAGCACUGAUUUAUAAAGAUGUUGAUGAUUCUCAUGACUCUGAUUUGCCCUCAGCACCCGAAAUACUGAAAGUGUGGAAGGAAAGAAGGAAAUAAGCAAGGGAUAGUCUUCCUCUUUCAACUUGGGCCGAAGUAAAUUGAGGUUUUUUUUUCAGCCAGAUCCCUUUAGAGGGGUAAGCAACUCAUAUUCCAAUUUAGCCCCUUUUUGUCAUUGUGUAUAUAGGAAAAGUAUUUACUAAGGUUCUGCUGUGUCUCGUUUGCCGCCGAUGCCUCUUAAUGUAAAUACCAAAAUACGUCCCAAAGAAAGUCAACAACUUAAACUUCAUGUUAUU